UCUCCGGGCGGCGGCUGCGGCGGCGGCGGCAUGUUCACGGCGGGGGCCGAGAGUCUGCUCCACCAGGCCAGGGAGAUCCAGGACGAGGAGCUGCAGAAGUUCUGUUCCCGGGUCGCGAAGCUGCUGCAGAAGGACGACCCGGGGCCUGACGCAGUAGACGCCCUACAGAGGCUGUUCCUCAUCGUCUCAGCCACGAAAUACAAGAGGCGGCUGGAGAAGACGUGCGUGGACCUGCUGCAGACCACCCUCUGCUCGCCCAAGUGCCCUGAGCAGCUCCAGCUUCUGUGCGCUGCCAUCCUGAGAGAGAGGUCACCCUCCGAUGACCUGAGCCUGUCCUGUGACCACGUCCAGAGCAGCCAGCAGCUGAGCCUGGUGGCCUUGGUGCUCUUGGCCCAGGGUGACAGAAAGGAGGAGGUCCGAAGCGUGGGCCAGCGCGCCUUCAGAGUCCUUGAGAGCCGGCAGCCCGAGGGGCCCAGUCUGAGGCACCUGCUCCCAGUCGUGUCCAAGGUCACGCGCCUGGCCCCGCACUCCAUCCAUGAAGACCAGACCAGCCUGCUCAGCAAGAGGUUGGUGGACUGGCUUCGCUAUGCCAGCAUCCAGCAAGGGGUCCCACACGCUUCUGGAGGGUUCUUCUCCACACCCAGAGCCCGGCAGCCGGGCCCUGUCACUGAGGUAGAUGGGGCGGUAGCCACAGAUUUCUUCACGGUGCUGUCCACGGGCCAGCACUUCACGGAGGACCAGUGGCUGAACGUGCAGGCUUUCUCCAUGCUGCGGGCAUGGCUGCUGGCCAGCAGCCCCCAGGGCCCCAGUGCCCUGGACUCAGAUGACAAGUCGGAGCUGGAGGGCUCCACGCUGUCCGUGCUGUCGGCCACGUCCACCGCCAGCCACCUGCUGCCGCCCCAGGAGCGGCUGAGGGAGAAGGCCUUCGAGUACUGCCAGCGCCUGGUGGAGCAGAGCACGCGGCGAGCCCUGAGAAAGGGGGACGCGGACCUGCAGAAAGCCUGCCUGGUGGAGGCCGUGCUGGUGCUGGACGUGCUCUGCCGGCAGGACCCGUCCUUCCUGUACCGCACGCUGUCCUGCCUGAAGGCGCUGCACACACGGCUGUGUGGGGACCUGGCGCGGGCGCGGGCGCUGCUGCCCAUCGCGCAGUUCUUCCUGAGACAUGGGGAGGCAGCCGCCGUGGACUCAGAAGCCAUCCUCCAACACCUGUUCACCAGGGUCCCCUGCGAGCUCUUCCACAGCCCCACGCUGGCCUUCGAGUUCGUCCGCUUCUGCGGGGACAGCCUGCCCCUGUUUGGCAAGAACCCUGACAUUCUCAAGCAGAGCUUCCCCAACCUCUUCAAGCUCCUGGCCUGGAACAGCCCGCCCCUCACCUCCGAGUUCGUGGAGCUCCUGCCGUGGCUGGUGGACCCCGGCACAGCUGUGGAGAUGCUCCACGCGCUGCUGGACCUGCCCUGUCUGACCGCGGCCUUGGAUCUGCAGCUCAGGCUGUCACCAGCUGUGUCUGAGAGGCCGCUGUGGGACGCCUCCCUCAGGAACCCCAGCUGUCUGGAGGCUUCCCGGGACCCACAGUUCCAGGCUCUUCUCCAGCACCUGCUGCGGGCCAAGGCCAGUGGAACCGUGGAGAGGUUGGCGCCCCUCCACCAGCUGCUGCAGCCCAUGGCCAGCUGUGCCCGGGUGGCCCAGUGCGCCGAGGCUGUGCCCACACUGCUCCAGGCCUUCUUCUCCGCAGUGACUCAGUUUGCUGACGGGGUUCUGGCCAACCAGCUGGCGCUGCUGCUCCUGGAGAGAUGUGACUCCCUUUACCAGGUGCCCCAGUAUGAGGCCCGUGUGCACAGGGUGCUGAGCUCCCAGUUCCUGGCCCUGUGCGCACUGCACCCGUCACUGGUGGUCGAGCUGGCGAAAGAGCUGCUGGAGUUCGUGGGGAGUGUGAGCAGUGUCCGCAGCCGGGGGGCCAUGCUUGCCUCCGUGGCCUGGGCCAUCGGCGAGUACCUGUCUGUGUCCUGGGACCGGCGAUGCACCGUGGAGCAGAUCAACAGGUUUUUUGAGGCCCUCGAGGCCCUGCUGUUCGAGCUUACCCAGUCGCGCCCAUCUGCCACCCUCCCCGAGUGCCCCCCACAGGUCAUCGCCGUGCUCAUGACCACGCUGACCAAGCUGGCCUCCCGGAGCCAAGACCUGAUUCCCAGGGUCUCUCUGUUCCUGUCAAAGAUGAGGACCCUGGUCCAGAGCCCGGCGCUGAGUUCCAUGCACCGUGAGGAGGGCGCGGCAGCCGUCCGCACACGGGCCACUGAGCUCUUGACGCUGCUGAAGAUGCCCAGUGUGGCCCAGUUUGUGUUCACGCCCAGCGCAGAGCUGUCCGAGCCCCGCUACCACCGUGACGCCAACACCGCCCUGCCGCUGGCCCUGCGCAUGGUCAGCCGCCUGGUGGAGAAGGAAAUGGGCCUCCUGCCGGGGUGAGGGGUGUUGACCUGGGGGACGCUGGCCCGGCCACAGAAUGAGAGCCAAGCUGCGGCUGCCACGAGCAGGGGCUUGAGACCCGGGGAGGAGCCCCGGGUGGGUCUGGGUCCCUCUGUGUGGGUCAGGCUGUCCCAUCCUCAGCCUUUGGGUGUUUGUCUCUGUCCCAUGCUGAACUGUGUGGUGACACAGAUCUGAUUUGGAGCUCUCACCCCGUUGGGGGUGGGUGGGGGCUGCUUGGUGUGUUUCUGGCAGAUCCUUGUUGGGAGGCAAAAGGAGGUGCAGCGGCAAUAAACAUCUUCC